AAAGCAGGCAAAACAAACAGUGCUGCACACCGAGGGAACACAUACAGACACCUGAAACAGGUCGAAGAACAGCAGAAGAUGGAGGCAGUGAGGAAGUGGAGGUCAGGCUGGAGGUAUCCCACAACUCUGCUGUGCAUCUAUGGAUUCUUCAGCACAGUUAAACCACUGGAGCCUUUUCUCAUCCCAUUCAUGACAGGACCGGACAAGAAUCUGACAACUGAAGAGGUUAACAAUCAAAUCUUCCCAGUAUGGACGUACUCCUACCUGUCUGUACUGGUGCCGGUGUUCCUGCUGACCGACUGGCUGCGUUACAAGCCCGUCGUGGUGUUUCAGUCUGUUGUGCUCUUUAUCACUACAUCGCUGCUGCUGUGGACCGAAAGUGUGGCAGCCAUGCAGCUCACGCAGUUCUUCUAUGCGAUGGUGACAGCCAGCGAUGUGGCCUACUUCUCCUACAUUUACAGUGUGAUAGAUCUGAAGAGGUACAGGAAGGCCACAUCUUACAGCCGCAGUGUCCAGCUCCUGGGGUACACAGUGGGCUCUGUGCUGGGCCAGCUGCUUGUCAGCUUCAACCUCAUGUCCUACAGCAACAUCCUGGUGUUUACUCUGGUUCUCACUGCUAUCGCUCUCCUCACUUCACUCCUCCUGCCAAUGCCGCAGCACAGCAUGUUCUUUCAUCGAAGACAUCCUGGACAGGAAACAGCAAAGGAGGGAACUGAGACAGAUGGAGGUGGUGUUGUAGAUGCAACAGAAAACUCAAGGAGAUCAAAGAUGUCUCUGGAAGAAGUGGGCAAUGAAAAAGAGGAGAAAGGAGCCACAGUGGAUGAUACAAAAAAAGGACUGGAGGGAGAUGGGCCCAUGGCUGAGGAACGUGAGGAGACUGUAGGUGCACAAAGCUGCACCCAAGUCCUCCUGCAGCUGUGGAGAGACUUCCGUCAGUGCUACUCCUCCAGACAGCUGCUCUACUGGUCAGUGUGGUGGGCAAUGGCUACCUGUGGCUACAACCAGACGGUCAACUAUGUGCAGGUGCUGUGGGAGCAUGUGCAGCCCUCUCAGAACUUCACCAUUUACAAUGGAGGUGUGGAGGCGGUGUCUAACCUGCUGAGCGCAGCUACAGCGUAUGGUAUAGGCUUCACUGAGGUGAGAUGGGAGCAGUGGGGAGAGCUGGCCCUGGGUGGUUUCUCAGGACUUGGCGCUGCUGCACUAUUCCUCAUGACAUUCAUUGGCAACAUCUGGGUCUGCUACUGUGGUUACGUCAUCUUCAAGAGUCUCUACAUGCUGCUGAUAACAAUAGCCAUGUUUCAGAUUGCAACUGGCCUGUCAAUGGAAAGAUAUGCACUGGUCUUUGGGGUAAACACCUUUGGAGCACUGGCUUUGCAGACAAUUCUCACUUCUAUCGUGGUGGACAGCAGAGGACUGGCCUUGAGCAUCAUUCCUCAGUUCACCAUAUAUGCCAGCUACUUCUCAGUCAUCGCUGGUGUUUUUACUCUUCGGGGACUAUAUCGCAUUUGGAGCACUAAAAGAAACAAGAGAGACACCUCCUUCAGAUCAAAAUGACUCUUCAAGCUAUGGAGAACACGGAUUCUGAAUCUGAAGACAAACUGCGAUAAGCAGUUGUGUUUUUGGUCCGCUCAGUAGCUCCGUGUCAGUUUAAAAGGAAAAUGACAAAGGCUUUAAAUUACUGCAACAUUAUGAAUAGAAAUCUUUUUUCCAUACAAAACAAUAUACAAGGCUUUCCAUACAUCCAUAUCAAUGAAUUCUUUGGUCAUUUCUUCUUACUUAAAAUUCAUUUUAAUAUAUAUACUGUAUAUAUUUACACAUUAACUUAAAAUUCUCUAAUACCCAAUGUAAGUGGUUUUCAGUUCAUCAGCCAUUGUUACCCAUAUACAUGUGGUUGACUGUUGUUCAAAAGUGUUGAAUCCUGGGUCUGUCAGCAGGGCAGGGGAUGGCAGAGAAAUGAGUCCCCUACCCAUCCCUGGUACAGCAUUCACUCCUUUUUCAUCUCUCAACAACAGAAUAUACAUUUUUUUUCUUCAGUGAAAACAAUUUACCUAAAAGGAUCCUGCACAAAUAAACAGUUUGGUUCUUUACAAAUACAGUAACUGGCAGUACCCAUUAGCUUUACCAAGCAACAGUUCUGUCUUAACAAAUCUUGUGUGUUAGAUACAAAUACUGAUAUGCACAAAGAGCUAAUUUUCUAAAAGAAAAAAAACAAUAUGUACAAUUUGCAGCAUAAUGAAUGGGAUAUACUGUACGCAAUAACUUAGUUUUCAGCCAGUUUGAUUAUACAUUGUGGCUCAGUAGAGGCCAGGCCAGUUCACAGGUUAAAUAGAGAAGAGCGGAUCAACCUCUCCCUCUGCACACACCAUCACUUUGUUUUGUAGCUAUAGACAGUGCCAGCAUGACCGUCUCGCAUAUUGUUCCAUUUGUGACAAACUGCGAUAGAAAAUACAAAUUCUUACAAACAUUGUGUUUUUAAAGCUACUUGUGAAACAAAACAGUGCAAUAGGUGCAAGCGCGCCAGUUGUUGACCCUGUAGUGCAGCAGACAAGAUGGAUUCGCUAUAAGAAGGGAUUUGUUGAAGAGCCUCCAGCCGGAUACUGUGCAGAUGGACCCGCACCCUGGAAUUAAAAAGGGAUACACAAACAGUCAGACAGAUGUGUUUAUUGUGCAAAGAAUGGCCAAAAAAAAAAAAAAAAAAAACUCACUAGAUUCCAUUUUGUUGCCCAGAGUUAAAAAAGAAGAUUAGCUUAGCAUGAAGGCUGAGAACAGGUACACACAGCUACAACAGAUAUGUUUAAAAUUUAACAAAAUCAGCCUGUCAGAACCUCUGAAGCUGAGUAACAUUUUAUAUCUGAUUUGUUAAAUCCUAAACUAAAACCUAACUGUAGUUCACCAUUUUGAAUUGGAUUAGGUGCCAAUGUUUUUUCUUAACUGGGACCGGAUGGUGGACAGCCAGCAGAAACCACAAAAAGCUUCUGGUCCCAGCUGCUGGCUCCAGCUACAUAUUAAGUUCAAACUUUUUUACUACUCUCCAAAAGACAAUAAAUAAGCAGAACUAUGCUUCAAUAUAAAAUGAAAACGUCCAGCUUUAACCCCUUUAGCUUCAGUGUACCGCCGGCGGUACACCUACUAAUUUGCAUAGGAAUUUCAAGAAUGUCCGACGGCUGCAAACGCGAUUAUACAAACACUAUACGCCGAUGGAAAGCUUAGAUUCUCAUGAAUCCGCCGGUAUAAACCACUUUCAGAUGCGAUUACUACAGCGGGUGAGAAAAACACAUUUGUCCGACAAAAACGAAUAUUCAUCCAUCCGUUCUCUAUACACGGCUUCAACGCACACAGCGCGACUCACAUUUCCGGGUUUAUUAUUACACACAAAAAAAAAAGAUUCCACAAAAAACGGCCAUAAUCCAACCUUUUACAUCCAGAUGACACAAGCCAGUAAACUAUUUUGUCCAAAACAUGUCCUGAAGUCGGUAUAAAAUCCCCGAAUCGGUCAUUUUCAAGGAAAUGCACCUCGCGAUGCCUGUCCAAUAUUCCCUGUAUUUUUCGUAAUUUUUUUUAUUUAAAAAUAGAAUAUUAGCGAUUUUUGUACUGAAAACGGCUGGAAUUGACUGAAGCUUAAAGGGUUAACCAAUGACUUUUGGCUUCAUUACUGACUAAUACAAUGGCAACUAUGUAAUAAUUUGUCUCUUCAAUGCAACUAAAGACUUGUAUCUUCAGAAUCAUCAGCACAAAACCAGAAAAGAAUGCAACAAUAUAGAAAUGUUGUAACAAUAAACACUGUUCCAAGGA